GCCGCUCAGUGUGGGCCUCUCGUGUUCGGGUACAGAUGUCGUUCGGAGUUGACGCCUCCGCCGCCGCCGCCAUCGCCGCCGCGUACGACGCGUGUGCAACACCAGUCCGUCGCGGUCGCCGCCACGACUUACGCGCCUGCUGAACGCAAGUCUGCGACGAUACGCUGACCCGCCGCCCGAGCCAAGACAGUCGGACGCCGCCACCGCCGUGACGACAGCCUGCACCCGCUAGCGAUAAAUUCCGCCGGGCAAACGGGUCGCACCGUGCACACCGUCAUCGUAACUCGCCGGCCGUUUGAAACAUGCGCGCCGCCGCCACAGUCGGAACACUCGCAGCAUCGCGACACGAACAGCAAUGAUCGUCCCGUACCGUCGUUAUCCGUUGCAAUGUCGUUCUCGUCAACUCGACUACUGUACAAGAAAAAGACGUCAAGAGGAAUGACAUGAAAGUAAUUGUAUGUCAGUUUGGGGUACAGCCCCCAAGCGAUGGGAGAUAGCGUCGAUAACUACAUAAAUGCCACUGAAUCAGACAUCAUGAUUAAAAGACAAAUGAUUAGAGCCGAAUUUUAUAAUACUUACGACGUGAUGACUGGAAUUAGGAUUGCGUCCACUUUGGGGGGAUUUUUUUUAAUGAUGGUUCUAUUAGUAUUGUACAAAAGUAAAUGUAAAACUCGAUCACUUUCUGACCAACAUCUCGAGGCAGUCAUCAAAGCGGCUGUGGACCAAGAAGAACAACUUGCUGCUUUGGCUAAAAGAAGUUCUAGCUCUAGCUAUUGCUCUGGCCAUGGUCUUUGUAGAUGUUCUCCGAGAUAUAGUAUGACAGAGAACACUGUUGCUGAGUGUAAUAAUUGGAACCGUAAAGCUAAGACCUAUCUUUCUGAAACUCAAUAUCAUCCGUAUUCAGCUUUAACUCAAACCAGCAACAAAUUUAUGAAAUCAUCAGUACUAGAAUACUCUUUUGAAGAGGACGAAGACGACGAUAUGGAUAACGAUGAUGUUGAAGACGUAUCUAACAAUAGUUACCGUGUGGCCAAAUGGCUGGAAGUACCAUGUGACCAGAAAUGGAUUCCAAGAGGAAAUAGCGCUAUAACGGUCAGUAGCAACGAUACGAGUUACUUGGAAGCUAGAGGAUCAUCGUUGAUUGUUGGACAGCCACCAUCUCCGUUAAACCACCCACCACCUGCCGGUUACCCACCGUGGGAGUUCUACUAUCCCAUUGACAUACAAGUGAUCCAGCCGACGCCGUGCAUGUCGCCGAGCGGCGGCAGCCAGGAAAGUUUCUCGGACGUGCCUAGGCACACUGAACAGUUGCUGCCAGCAGCGUCCGAGAGGUUCCGGAAACCACCGCAGCCGCCGCGGAAGACGGCGUCGUCGUCGACGGCGGCGCCCAUCGCGUGCAUCCGGACGUCAUGCAGCAGCUGCAGCGACGACGCCGCUUCCACGGCCACAACGGUCAACUCGUCCGUGUUCGCCGACGAAUGUUGCUGCGCGACCACGUCGUCGUCGCCACCGCCUCAGUUACCGCUGACCGACUGCAACAACGGCGGUGCGUCAUCGACGUCAACGCUGACCAAUGCCGCAGCAGGAACAGCCGCCAAAGCAUCUUGCGGGAGGCGAUACUCACCGCCGCCGAACACUAACCGCGGUAACUGCGGUACGCAUCGGGUGGACGACAAUCGCGACGCGCCCACAACAGUCGGAGGGGCCGCGGUGUCUGCGGUCAGGUCGUAUCACGAUUUCAACCGCAGGCCGCACAAACCGUCGGCAGUCGGUCGGAACGUGAUCGUAGUCCAGGCGGACGUCAACCCCGUGGCCGACUCGAUCGUCAACGCCAACUCAUUAUCAGGGUCUUUACGCGCGCUGUACGACGCGUCUAAAGAAACAUUGUUCUAGUUUAAGGCUAAAAUACGUCGUGUUAUAUACCUACGUGUUGUUCGAGAAUAUUGUCGUAUGUAUACUUCUUUAUGUUGGCAUAAUAUAUCGUGUAUUGUAUAAUAGCGAUGUACUUGUACGCAAGUAUACAUAUUAUAAUAUUUUAAUACACACAUAUAAUAUAUAUAUGCAAUCAGGGUUACCUACCAUUAAGCGUUAUAUACCUGCAGACGUCCGUAUAGGUAUAUAAAGCGUCGGCAAUGGUGGCGGGGAGUCAAGAAAAAUAUUGGCCGAUCAAUCACGACAGGGUGAUUAUUAUAAUAAUUAUUAUACACCUCACAGCGCACGAAGCAAUUCGUUUUCCGUUUAAACAGUAAAAAAAUAUUGUAACGUCUUGGAUUAUUUCGUCAGGGCUUGGACGACCGGUCCUCAAAUCGUUCCCAUGCAGAGGUAUCAAUAUGUAAGCUAGGAAAGUUGUAUAGAUUUACCCUUUGAUACCUCCAAUGUAAAUAUCGAUUUAAUUGAUUGACAUAAAAAAAAAUGUUCAAAAUACAUUGAAGUAACCAUUCGAUAUUAUUGUAGCCAUCGCGAUCCCUCGCUUUGGCUAGCAGUGGUUGCGUCGUUUGUACAACCCCCUCCCCCCGUUAUACUUACGGUUUUGCAACGACUAAUGCCUAAGACCACAAUUUUACCUGUCCGAAUCGUCGCCAGUACGCAAUAUUAUUAUAAAAAACACGAAAACGUCUUCCCGGAAUCUCGAUGCGUAUAUGCAUAUACCUACCAUCGCGGUAUUAUAGGUACCCAUUAUAUGUUAAAGAGUCUAUGUAUUACAAUGGUUAUAUAGUAGGGCUUGCAAAGUUAUGAUAACGUUAUACAUUUUAAAAAAAUGAUUGACAUUUUAAAAAGUAAUUAAAACGGAAGACGCGAUAAAACAAAAAAAAAAAAUUAAA